AUGGGCCGGAAUAAUAUAUGUUCGUCUAACUCGAAUGACUCGCUUGUUGCCCUAACACAGAAGCAUGAUUGCCCUCCAUGUAUCUCGGAAUUAGCGUUGAAGGAUCUCAAAAUCGUUGCAAGAGAAAGCAUCACCUUCGCUGGAGGUCCUGCUGCAAUCCUACUUCAAAUCGCACAUCCCCAGGUUGGCCAGGGGGUAGCGGACCAUAGUACAUUCAGGACAAGAGCCAUCAGCCGUGCAGAGUAUACCCAGAUGUACAUUUACUGCAUGAUCUUCGGAUCUCCCCCAGAGAAAGCGGCGAUGAAGGCAUACGUUGACAAAGCACAUUCGCGCGUCGUGGGCGGCAAUGAAAAGGUUUCCUAUAAUGCCAAAGAUCCUGAACUCCAACUCUGGGUUGCUGCGACAAUCUACGCCUCUAUGGUUGGCAUAUACGAGCUGAUCUACGGUCCACUCUCUACAGCCAGAGCCGAGAGGGUCUACCAAGCGUUUUCGAUCAUGGGUACUUCUCUUCAAGUCCCGCAGGAAAUGUGGCCUAAGGACCUAAAGGCUUUUGAAGUUUACUGGAACGAUAUGGUAAAUAAUAGGUUGCACGUCACUCCUGAGGCAAGGGGGGUCUUGAGAGAUAUCUUCCAUCCUACUAGGAACCUGCCCAUGUGGGCGCGGCCGAUCGCCGUUGUCGCCAUGCCGUUUGUGCGUCGAGUUACAGUGGAACAGUUACCGCCUAGUGUCCGUGAUCAGUUCUUCCUCGAGUCUACGAAGUCGUCGAGGGCGGUUUCGCGGGUCUUCAUUUCAGGCAUGUCUGGCGUGUAUCCUUUCAUGCCUCUUUUUGUGCGCCAAUUUCAAAAAACCUAUAUGAUGAAAGUUAUCAGGCGCCGUAUGCGAAAGCGGGACGGCCAACUUAUCAAGCCUUGA